AUGGCCCGGCGCCUGGCAGCUCCACUUCUGCUCCUGGCCUUCCACUGCACGGCCUGGCUAUCCCCCGACACCCCGGGCCCAGCAUCGCGACGGAAGGUGCUGGGCGGAGGUGUGGUCGCCACGGUCGCCACGGCACCGUUGGCUGGGGCAGAAGAACUGAAGUCCAGUUGGCCGGCGAAGGACGGCGUCCAGUUCCUCCGUUUCUACGAGGAUCAGUACGAUGCGGAGCGGGACGACACCCGACGUACUCCGCAGUUCAUCCAGGCCAUCCAGGAACGGGUCAAGAGCCGUCCAGGUCUCACCGUGCUGGACAUCGGCACUGGACCCUUCGCACUGUUCGCACUGGUGGCCGCAAGGGCUGGUGCCAAGAAGGUUUAUGCAGUGGAAGGGAAUCCAGAAGCUGCUGAACGAGCGAGAAACACCAUUGCAGAACAAGAGGAUGUCCCGGAAGGGGUCAUUGAGGUCAUUGAAGGCUUCUCAACAGCUGUGACAUUGCCGGAGAAAGUGGAUUUGGUUUGUGCGGAGGUGGUUGGUGCCUUCGCCACUCAGGAGAACAUCGUAGCAACGAUGCAGGAUGCACAGAAGAGGCAUAUGAAAGAUGCCAACAAUCCUCAGAACUACAUCCCUUCGGUGAUUCAAACCUGGACUGCCCCAGUGAGCUAUGCGCUCCAUCCAGUGCUGGCUCCCCCGAAGUUUGAGAAACUGCAGGGACAGCCAUUGACGUUAAACCCCCGAGAUCGUACAUUGGAGCUGAUCUCAGAUCCGCAAGUACUGGAGGAAAUUAACUUUGCAAAGCCAUUGCCAGAAGGAAAACAAUCUAAAUCCCUGAGCUUCAAAAUCUCCAGAGAUCGUUUGCGUUCCAAUUAUGAUGCCUACUAUGAGGCUCUAACUACCAAGGAGGAAGUGAAAUCUGAAGAUGCCAAGCCCCUGGCCAUCCAAACCACCAAGAGCUUCUCUGGGAUGGCCAUUUGGCCCAGACUCAUCUUGGAUCCAGAGGCGAAAAUUCUGGUGGAAUCGCGGGGUCCCAAUGGUGAACAUCAGAAGAGCCAUUGGCCAACACUUCUGUCGCUGAUGUCGCCCUUUCCGGUGCCGGUGGAACCUGAGGACACCUUAAGCAUCACCGAAACCUCCGAGUUGAGCAAAGACAUCUUGGUGCCGGUGAAGUAUUCGUUUCAGGGGACCCUUAACAGCGGAUCCGAUGCAUCUGCAGAGUGAGAACAUGUGAG